GCCAUCCCCCUAUGUACAAGUGCACCGACCUUGGAAUGCAUGACCACUUGUCAAUGGAUUCGGGUUCUGGCGAUUGCCGAAUUGAUCUGAUCAUAUCCGUAUAAGAAGAGUCUUGGGAUUGGCUCCCCGACUAGCUCUUCUGCGCCCAUCCUUGCACAUACGCGCUCUUCGCCUUUAAUCAGUGUUGCUCUUGCCUCAUCACUUUCGACGUACCCUCCGAGACAAGUAGUACUGUCGCAUCUCCUUCAAAGGUACAAAAUGGCCUCGUCCCGCCCUAAGGUCUACUUCGACAUCAGCAUUGGUGGCACACCAGAAGGUCGCCUCGUAUUCUCCCUCUACAGCGAUAUUGUCCCAAAAACAGCUGAGAAUUUCCGAGCAUUGUCUACUGGAGAGAAAGGCUUUGGAUAUGCUGGAUCCAACUUUCAUCGCGUGAUUCCUGGAUUCAUGGCCCAAGGCGGCGACUUCACGGCUGGGAAUGGCACUGGAGGCAAGUCGAUCUACGGAUCCAGGUUCGCGGAUGAGAAUUUCGAAGCCAAGCACGAUCGUGCGGGUCUCCUCUCAAUGGCAAAUGGUGGGCCAAACACCAACGGUUCUCAAUUCUUCGUCACCUUCAAAAGCACUCCGCACCUGGAUAGGAAGCAUGUUGUCUUUGGGGAACUUAUCGAGGGUGAAGGACUCCUCAGGAAGAUCGAAAAGAACGCCACGGGUGCCCGUGACGUUCCCAAGAAGGCGGUCAAAAUCGAAGCUUCUGGACAGCUACUGCCAGCCUAGAAGCUGCUGAUGAUGUUGAUGCUGCUCUCUUUGUUAUUAUUGGGUUUGAUGUAGCGUUCAUGCACUUUUUUUCAAA